AAAUUCAAUUAUCGUCGCAACUUCUUCGGGACAGCGUCGGCGGCUACCAAAUCUCUCUGUCUCUCUAUCUCAAAUACGGUUUUUUUCUCUGAAAGCGAGAGACCCUUUUGGAAGAGGAACAAGGAGAAAGAAAAACCCAAAAUAUUUUCUUCUUCUUCUUCUCUUCCGCAAAAUUCACAAAGUAAAUUUAUGGAUAACAGGUGCAAUUCUGGUUCACGUCAACUUCAUUCUGUCGCUAAAAACCUUCCGUCGCUUUUUCAACCCUUUGAUAGAUCCAUUCCUGGCUUUCCUUUUUUACGUUUUGGCCUUCACAAGUAGCAUUUUUUCUUUCUCCUCAAUAAAGGUCUUCAGAUUGUGGCUUCCUUAGUUUAUCGUUCUGUAUAUGCUGCACAAAUCUUCAGACAGAGAGAUAACUUUAUUUCUGCUUAAAUUAUGGUGUAUGGACCAUGAUGACUGUUUCAGCCGAAUCAUCCCUUAAGAAGAUGUCGUGGUCCAGGGGCAAACAACCUUCUGGUUGGACAGCUUUUGAUCUCAAGCAGAAAAUGAAGAACAGUAUUGAUUCUGAAGUUGACAAGGAUCCUUUCCCACCUAUAGGCUCAUCUAGUUCUAUGCGACAUGGUGAUAAGUUUGUCAAGAAGAAACAUGUUCCUCUGAAGCCUUUCUCUUCGGUACUUGUACCUAAUGUAAACUUCCCUCCUUUGAAGGAGGCUGGGAAUGGCCAAAAGGCAGUUUUAGGUUCUGAUUCUUGCGGGACUACUGCUCAGGAAGAUGUUAAUGGACCUACCAAGAUGCUCAAAGAGCAGCAUCCUUGGGCUGAAAAUAGCUUGAUUGACGAUAUCUUGGCCGCCGUUAAUAAUAAUGUUGACAAGGCUGUGGCUUUAUUGGAAACAAUGGCCUCUGCAGUCAAUUUCGAAGAACACAAAGUAUUGAGCAAUCCCCAUCCAAGGCCACUUAUUUCAGAUGAUGUAACACGUGUGGUGAAGACUGGUGAAAGUCUUGCAUUAGAAAUGGUCAAAGAUGACAUUCUCUUCCAUUCUAAUAUUGUUGGUCAGCUCCAAGAUAACAAUAAAGACUUGGAGAAUAGAUAUGCUUUCUCAGGUCAGAAGUUUUCUGAUGUAAUGGACCUCUUGAAUUCUGUUCCGGUCGAGCCUGAAUGGGAGGAGGAUGAUAUUUACUUAAGCCAUCGAAAGGAUGCAUUGAAGACAAUGAGGUCAGCAUCACGACAUUCUAAGGCAGCCGCAAACGCUUUUCUAAAAGGAGAACACUUUUCUGCCCAACAACAUUCAGCGAGAGCCAGGGAGGAAUGGCAUAAUGCCGACAAACUUAAUUCUGAGGCAGCUACAAAAAUAUUAAGUAUCAGAAAUAGUGAUAAUGAUAUCUCGAGACUGGAUUUACAUGGUCUUCAUGCAGCUGAAGCUGUUCAAGCAUUGCAAGAACAUCUCCGUAGAAUUGAAAGUCAAGGCUUCUCAAAGAGCUUAGCCCCUUCAAAUAAUGCGAAGAAGAAUGGCGAUGCACAUUCCACUCUUGGGUCUCUUAACUUAAUGGACUGGGAAAAUUUGGAUAAGCAAGUGCCAUUAAGGCUUAGAUCAUUAGCUGUACAUGUGAUAACAGGUGUUGGCAAUCACAGCCGAGGCCAAGCUGCUCUUCCUACAGCUGUAAGAAGUUUCCUCAGUGAAAACAGAUAUCGUUUUGAGGAGAUGAGACCAGGAGUAAUCACAGUGUGGCCCAAAUUUCGUCAAAGUUGAUGACAAAUAUGUUAUACCAUUGAUUAUUCUUACGGGGAUCUGAAAGUUUGUAUACUUCAUGUAAUUUUAUCAUGUACUUCUUACUGGAGUUACUAUAUCACUUAUGCAGCGGAUAGAUUAUUAUUAUUAUUUAAUAAAACCAGUGGGAAGAUUUAAUUCUACAUGUAAUAGUCUUGCAUUUCUGUUC